AUGUCAUCUGACUUUGUGGCUGGAUAUAUCAGCGGUGCUGUAGGAAUACUUAUCGGAAAUCCUCUCGAUCUUGUCAAAGUCCGGUUACAAGCUCGAAAAGCCUCGGAUACCCUUCGGGCGAGUCAGCAAAGCUAUCGCUACUUUGAGUCAACGUCCUCCUUGAUAAAAGGUGCCGCUGCUCCAAUUCUCGGAUAUGGAGCCUUGAAUGCACUACUUUUUGUUGCUUAUAAUCGAUCUCUCAAGUCCCUGGACCCGUCAGUCGAUGAUCCAAUUAAUCUUGAUGCAAAUGUCUCGUUGGUGAAUAUAUGGCUGGCUGGUGCCGCCGGUGGCAUGGCCAGUUGGUUAAUAUCGUCACCGACCGAACUCGUUAAAUGCCGAGCGCAGCUCAGUAGAAACCAGAAUAUUUCUUCCUGGUCAGUCUUUCGGGACAUAAUCCGGGCGCACGGAGUCAGAGGGCUGUACUUUGGUGGUCUUAUCACGAGUGUUAGGGACUCUGUAGGCUACGGGUUCUAUUUCUGGUCGUACGAACUGUGUAAACGCAGUUUCUCCUCUCUGAAUGAGAGCAACCAGCAAGAAGCUUUGAAGGUCCUGCUUUGUGGCGGAUUAGCUGGUAUUAUCACAUGGGCUUCCGUUUUCCCGCUCGAUGUGGUGAAGACCAGAUUACAGGCUCAGCCUAUAAUCGCACAAACAGUAACCGAAGUCGCAGAUGCACAGCAAAGGCCACUUCUGCAAGUGUCAUCGCACAGACCGCGAACGCUCAAUUCGCUGGAAAUCGCCCGAUAUGCGUACCGUAGUGAGGGCCUCUCCGUCUUCUUUCGUGGAUUGGGUAUCUGUAGUAUACGGGCCUUCAUAGUCAAUGCCGCUCAAUGGGCUGUGUAUGAAUGGUUGAUGAAGGAAUUCAACAAAGCAUCGGCAGCACCCCAUGUGAGCAUAUAG